CAAUCAUCCAACCUCCAACGCCUCCGCGACUACUGAUCCAAUUGAUCCUCGCCAAUUACUACAGCUCUCCCCCACCACCUUCCCCUCAACAAAGGCCCCAGUCCUCUCCUGCUUCGUCCUGCAGCCCUCUCUUUUUUCCUUUCCGUCCCCGCCUCUACCUUUCACAAAUCAGCAAAGAUGUUCCGCACCGCCGCCCUCCGCACCAGCGCCGCCGCCGCGAGACGAGUCGCACCCUCUGCCGCCCGGAACUUUGGUAGCAUCGUCUCGAGACCUGCUCUGCGGCAGUCGAUGGUCGUGAAGAAGGUUGUCGCGUCGCCGGCGGCCUGGAAGCUGGGUGCCGUCAGGACGUAUUCGGCUGGGGGCUCGCUGAGCAAGGAGGAUGUUGAGGGGCGGAUCAUGAGCCUCUUGGCUGGGUUUGACAAGGUCAACGACCCAAGCAACAUCAAGCCUACUGCGCACUUCAUGAACGACCUCGGCCUGGACAGCCUGGAUACUGUUGAGGUCGUGAUGGCCAUCGAGGAGGAGUUCAGCAUCGAGAUUCCCGACAAGGACGCGGAUGGCAUCCACUCUGUCGACACUGCUGUCUCGUACAUCGUCGCCCAACCCGACGCGCACUAGAUGCUCUCUAUUCCGUCGUGGAACCAGUCCCGAUCGAACCGAGGUGGAAGAGAUUGGGGGAAAAUAUGUACUAUACCACCUUUGACAAGGAAAGAGACAAUACAAGACGCCGCAAGACAAACCCACCACCGAUGACUUUCGGGCAAACAAGAGAGAGAAAGAGAAACUGGUAUGCCUGAUUGCGUGCCUUGUGAAAACACCACUCUGAACGAGGAUGGACUUGAGGAAGAACAAGAGGGAGCGGAGUUCUCAGACAAGGGGUAUGCCUGGGUUUAUUCGGCGUAGUGCUUGAGCUAGGUGCAGACAUGCACUGCGAGGAGAUGGAAUGAGAGUGGGUGGAACAAGAACCUGUGAAUGGAAAGGCGUGGCCUGUUUCUAUUUGCCAUUUUCAAUAAACACCGUGAGUGUGUGC